CCUUUUUAAGUCCAUAAAACCCCAAAAAUAAAAGACGUGGCAGGGAAGCAAAGAAAGAUCCGAAUCCGUUUGUCCCCAUCUCUCUCUCGGCAAUCGCCGCCUAGUCGGAGCCUCCCGAUUUCCCGACUCACCCACGCAACCAAUCAUGUCCACGUUUGAGUGAACGUCUCUCUAUCAGUGUUUCCUUGUUUCUUUUCUUCUCAAUUGGAAUUGUGGGGUUUGUGAAGAAAUGUCUCUGAGAAUCAAAGUGGUGGUGGACAAGUUCGUACAGGAGCUCAAGGAAGCUUUGGAUGCCGACAUUCAAGACCGAAUCAUGAAGGAGAGGGAGAUGCAGAGCUACAUCGAAGAACGCGAACGCGAAGUCGCCGAGCGCGAAGCUGCUUGGAAAGCCGAGCUCUCUCGCCGUGAGGCUGAAAUUGCCAGACAAGAAGCAAGGCUGAAAAUAGAGAAGGAAAACCUCGAGAAAGAGAAGAGUGUUCUGAUGGGAACUGCAUCAAACCAAGAUAACCAAGAUGGAGCUCUUGAAAUUACUGUAAGUGGCGAGAAGUAUCGAUGUCUUAGGUUCGCCAAGGCAAAGAAAUGAACGCAUUAGAAAGGAGGAUGAAAGGGAAAAAAGAAGAAGAAGAAGCUAGUGCUGGCCUUGAUUAUGUUAGAAGUUCUAGUUGCUUGGGGAUUUUGCAAACUUCAUUCUUUGUAUGAAAGCUCCAAUUCCUGUAUAUCCGGGCAAGCAUUGUCCCAAGUCCUGUCAUUGGUUUUGAUUCAAAAGGGUAAAUCAGGUUUUGUGUGCUCGAAAACAAACUAGUAUUGGAAUGAUUAGGUCUCAACUGCGAAAUACCUUGAACCAUAUCUGAUAAGUAGUGUAGUUUGACACUUCGACCGUUUAGUGCUACAUGAUUAACUAAUUCCUGGAUUGUUCAUAUAUUGCUAGUUAAAAAGUUUCAACAUCUAUUUUGCUCAUACUUUGUUGGUGUGAUUUGUUGAAGUUUAGUAGAUCGAUUGUCUGCAAAACUUGGGGGGAAUUCCUCCCUAAUUAUAAAGCAAUAUUGCAUUGUUAGUGG